CAAGACACGAAAAAGAGAGACAACGCAUUGUGUUAACAAGACUUGAUAUGGCAAAGAAUUAUGCACACAAGAAUGACAAUAUCAUAGGCCUUGCCACUUUACCCUGUCAUGCUGUUAGUGGGAAUUCACUCCUGGUGAUGCAAGUAGGAUGCUCAAAGAAAUUGCCAAGUGAAAACUUUAUGUUCACAAACAGAGAUGCAGAUAUCAUUUCAGAAGACUAAAUAAAACUUUAUAAAGAUUAGGAAGAAAGAGCAUUCUAAGAACGUUGCCCUCUCAGCUUAAAGCACGAAUGGGAAAGAUAAAUUAUUAGCUAAUGGCAAACGAGAUACAUAAGAGAACAACAAAAUUGACCAGCACAAGACACAAAUAACAAUAAGAAGCUUCACAGAUUAUGAGUCAUUACAAACUGCAAAGCUCCUCACCCUCAGUGUGAUGUUUACCUUCCAGCAUUAAAGUUUGAUAAAGAAAGGUGAUUUAAAAAAAAUAAAAAGAAAAUCUUUUCAUUCCAGAAAUAAACAAAUCCAUGUAAGAAUCCGACAGAUUGGAAUGAUUUAAUUCCUAAAUGCAAGGAGCAAAUAAAUAUUGCAAGUUUCUAUAUUAGGUUCUGCAAUGCCAUCACUGAGCAGGGCCAGAGCCAAAGCAGCUUAUUUCAUCUUGAGGUCGUGAAUAAGCCCGAUAAAACAAACUGAGCCAAUCUGUUAAGUCUGUUUACAAGGGUAGAAAGAUAGAUGAAAUACCAUAGAGAGUUCUCACAAUUGUGCAAUUAAUCACCAUGAUCUGGUGUUCCACAACCAUUACAACCGUGAGUACAAAAGUCUCCAAAAACCUUUCUUCUCUUUCAGAAAUCAGAAGUUGUCAAUCCCUGAGUAUUGUCCAGAAAACCAUUACCUUGGAUUAUAUUAAUGUUAGAAGAAUAUCAGUAUUCUUGUAGAUAAUAAAUGAGUAAGGGUAUUCUUGUAAAUAGUUGGUUAGGUUUGUACUCCUAUAAAUACUAGUUAGUCACUCAUAAUAUGGUUACUAGAUAUUUUCCUCCCAAGAUACCUGUUAACAUGGUAUCAAAACUAAAGUCCUAGAGUUAGGGUUAAACAUCUAGCAAAAGACUGUUCACGCGCACUGUUCAUCGCGGCACUGUUCACAGAGUACUGUUCACGCGUACUGUUUACGGCAUACUGUUCAUGCUGUUACUGUUCACGCGUAUUGUUCAUGCCGUCCUGUUCACGCCGUUACUGUUCACGCGGCACUGUUCGUCUCGAGUUUUGACCCUUUUUUGGGUUUGAAGUGCUAUUCACUAUAACUGAAAGUUUAUCAAAAAAUAUUGUGACGUCCACUAAUAUUAUGCCAAUGGUGAUGCCUCAAAUCACAAAUUGGAAGUUGAAUGACACCAAUUAUCAACAGUGGUCAAAAGCUGUUAAGAUUUAUCUCACAGGCUUAGGAAAGCAACGUUAUCUCACAGAUGAUUCUCCUACGAAGGACAACAAGAAACUAACGUGGAUUCAAGAGGAUGCCCAAAUUCUUGGAGCAAUAUGGAAUUCUAUGGAGCCACGAAUUGCUUACAUGUGUUCUCAUUGUGAGACAACAAGAGAAGUUUGGGAUUAUGUCCGGUUAUUAUAUUGCAGUAAUCUCUCACGGAUGUAUGAUAUUUCUUUGGAGUAUUUUCAGUUGCAACAACAUGACAAGACAGUAACUGAAUACUUUGCUGAUCUUAAGCGAGUCUCAAAAGAAUUAAAUGCUGUAAUGCCUCUCUCAAGUGAUAUUACGGUUAUGCAGAGGCAAAGAGAACAAAUGCUUGUGCUCAAAUUCUUGGCUGGUCUCAAGCCAGAAUUUGAACCAAUCAAAUCUCAAAUUCUAGCAGGUGAACAAUUACCAUCCUUUGCAGAGGCGUAUGCUCGGGUCUUACGUUCUGCAUCUAAGGACAAUGCACAGGGUGACGGUGCUCUAAUUAAUGACAAAUCUGCUUUAAUUGCUAACAACAAUCGGAUAGAGCAACUUAAUUUUGGACGUGGCUCUCGUGGAGGAAGAAGUAGAGGAGGUCGUGGGGGUCGUGAAGGUCGAGACACCCGUGAGUGCAAUCAUUGUGGUUUAAAGAAUCACACUCGUGAUACUUGUUGGGAUUUAAACGGAAAACUACCUCGGUUUGUUAAUACAGUUACCACUGACCAAGCUGAAUCAAAUUCUUUAGCACAAGGGUCCCAGAAGACUUUUACCAUAUCUGAGGAAGAUUAUGUCAAAUUUCUGCAGUACCAAACUGCAAAUCAUGCAUCUCUUCCCUCUACUUCUUUAGAACAAAAAGGUAAUGCUAUGGCUUGUCUCUCCACAUCAUCUAAUUUUGACUCAUGGAUCAUUGAUUCCGGAGCUACUGAUCAUAUGUCAGGAUUUGAAGACAAAGAGGACGAUUGGUGGAGGACAUGAGCAUAAUGAUCUUUAUUUUCUCAACUCUAAUGGUCCGAUUGCGACCCUGCUACUGUUUCUCCUCUUGAAAUUCACUGUCGUUUGGGUCAUCCGUCUCUACAAAAUUUGAAGAAGUUGGUCCCUACCUUGAGUCAGUUGUCUUCAUUAGAAUGUGAGUCUUGUCAAUUAGGAAAGCAUCAUCGUGUUUCUUUUGACCCUAGGGUCAAUAAACGGGUUUCAGAACCCUUUUUGUUAGUUUAUUCUGAUGUUUGGGGUCCUAGUCGAGUCACUUCAAAGUUAGGUUUUAAAUAUUUUGUAAUUUUUGUUGAUGAUUUUUCCAGAGUUACAUGGUUUUAUUUAAUGAAAGAUCGUUCAGAACUAUAUUCCAUUUUUUGUGCAUUUAUUACAGAAAUAAAGAAUCAAUUUGGUGUGC